ACCGUGCCUAAUGCCAACGACAUGUUGGACAUUGUUCUUAACAGAACCCAGAGAAAGACGCCUACCGUCAUCAGACCGGGUUUCAAGAUCACCCGUAUCCGUGCCUUCUAUAUGAGAAAGGUGAAGUUCACCUCGGACGGGUUUGCAGAGAAGUUCCAGGACUUGAUCGGGGGGUUCCCAAACAUCAACGACGUCCACCCAUUCCACCGUGAUUUGAUGGACACCUUGUACGAGAAGAACCACUACAAGGUUUCUCUUGCCGCCGUCUCCCGCGCCAAGACCUUGAUCGAGCAGGUUGCCAGAGAUUACGUAAGAUUGUUGAAGUUUGGCCAGUCUCUUUUCCAGUGUAAGCAGUUGAAGAGAGCUGCCUUGGGUCGUAUGGCCACCAUCGUCAAGAAGUUGAAGGACCCUCUUGUGUACUUGGAGCAGGUCAGACAGCAUUUGGGCCGUCUUCCAUCCAUCGAUCCAAACACCAGAACUUUGUUGAUCUGUGGGUACCCUAACGUUGGUAAGUCCUCUUUCCUCCGCUGCAUCACUAAGGCCGAUGUGGAGGUCCAGCCAUACGCCUUUACCACCAAGUCCUUGUACGUGGGCCACUUCGACUACAAGUACUUGAGAUUCCAGGCCAUUGAUACCCCGGGUAUCUUAGACAGACCUACUGAAGAGAUGAACAACAUUGAAAUGCAGUCCAUCUACGCUAUUGCCCACUUGAGAUCCUGUGUGCUCUACUUCAUGGAUCUUUCCGAGCAGUGUGGUUUCUCCAUUGAAGCGCAGGUCAAGCUUUUCCACUCCAUCAAGCCUUUGUUUGCCAACAAGUCGGUCUUGGUUGUCAUUAACAAGACCGAUAUCAUCAAGCCAGCCGACUUGGACGCUGACAAGCAGGCGUUGUUGGAAACCAUGAAGGAGUUGCCAGGUGUUGAGAUUAUGGAGACCUCUUGCUACGAGGAAGACAACGUCAUGGUUGUCAGAAACAAGGCUUGCGAGAAAUUGUUGACGGCUAGAAUCGAACAGAAGUUGAAGGGCUCCGCCAGGGUCUCCAACGUUUUGAACAAGAUCCACGUUGCCCAGCCUGCUGCCAGAGAUGACAUCAAGCGUGAGGCACACAUUCCAGAAGCUGUUAGAAACUUAAAGAAGUACGACCUCAACGACACCAACCGCCGCAGAUUGGCGCGUGAUAUCGAGGCCGAGAACGGUGGUGCCGGUGUGUUCAACAUCAACCUCAAGGACAAGUACCUCUUGGAGGAUGACGAGUGGAAGAAUGAUGUUAUGCCGGAAGUUCUCGAUGGUCGUAACGUUUACGACUUCUUGGAUGAAGACAUUGCCGCGAAGUUGCAGGCCUUGGAAGACGAGGAGGAGAGAUUGGAGGCCGAAGGCUUCUAUGCCUCCGAAUCUGAGAUCGAAGACGAAGAGAUCGAGGACAUCAGGGAGAAGGCUUCCUGGAUCCGUGACAAGCACGGUAAAAUGAUCAAUGCCGCCAGAUCCCGUAAGGCCCUUAAGAACAAGUCUCUUAUGCCAAGACAGCAUGUCAAGAAGACCUACUCCGAGAUGGAGGAGCACAUGUACUCCUUGGGCCACGACACUGCCACCUUGGCUUCCAACAAGGAUGCCGCUGUGGCUGCUGCCGGCAAGAGACAGUUAUCUGGUGCCGAAAUCAUGCAGGCUGCGGCCUCCGAAGCUGAGGGUGCUAGAAGAAUCCCAGUCUCCCAGACUGAUCGUCUCCACGACGGUGUCGCUGACGGUGCCGCCAGAUCCAAGGCCGAAAGAUUGGCCAAGAUCUUGCUCCGCGACAGAAACAGAAUGGCCAGGGCCGGUGAGGGUGAUCGUCAUGCCACCGCUGCCAUUCCUAAGCAUUUGUUCUCUGGUAAGCGUGGUAUGGGUAAGACCGACCGUCGUUAGGAGGUUGAUAGCGUGUAUAGUAUCUUUUGUUCAUUAGCAUUUAUAUUUUGUGUUUUAUCUUGCCACGUGC